UCCCUUUGGUUGAAUGAGGGGGAAGCACGAGUGAGACCGGGGUGUUGAGGAAAAACCCGCAUCAUCACGGAGGCUCAUUGAAGGCAAGGAAAGCUGCUCGACAUAUUCGGAACGAGCACCAUCGAAGUCGAAACCCCCGUAUCACUGCCUCAAUAUGGAUGACAAAUUCGACGACGAGUUUCAAGUGGCGGCCGACUGGCUGAUGUCCAAGACGUCCUGCCGCCCCACCGUGGGCAUCGUGUGCGGUUCGGGUUUGGGCGGCCUGGCCGAAAUCCUCAAGGAGCGGCAGGUCUUCAAGUACGCCGACAUCCCCAACUUCCCGCGGAGCACGGUGCACGGUCACGCCGGUCAGCUGGUUUUUGGGACGCUCAAGGGGAAGCAGUGCGUUUGCAUGCAGGGCAGGUUCCACCUGUACGAGGGAUACCCCGUGCAGAAGGUGGCGCUGCCCAUGCGCGUCUUCAAGCUGCUCGGCGUGGAGACGGUGAUCCUGACCAACGCAGCCGGCGGCCUCAACCAGGACUACAAGGUGGGCGACGUCAUGAUCAUCAAGGACCACAUCAACAUGCCGGGCUUCGCCGGAGUCAACCCGCUGGUGGGACCCAACCACGACAGGUUUGGCGUGCGCUUCCCCUGCAUGUCUGAUGCCUACGACCGCAAUCUGCGCAAGCUAGCACACAGCGUGGCGGCUGAGCUGGACAUGGGCGACUUUGUGCGUGAGGGUGUCUACUGCGUCCUGGGGGGGCCCUCGUUCGAGACCAUCGCCGAGUGCCGCAUGAUGCACAAGCUCGGGGCCGACGCUGUUGGCAUGAGCACGGUGCACGAGGUGAUCACGGCGCGCCAUGCCGGCAUGCGCUGCCUGGCCAUGUCGCUCAUCACCAACCGGGCGGUCAUGGACUACGAGAGCCAGGCCAAAGCCAACCACGAGGAGGUCCUGGAGACGGGCCGCCGGCGGGCCGUGCAGAUGGAGAGCCUGGUCAGCACGCUGGUGGGGCGGCUGGGGACGUGCCACAACAAAUCGCCGUGAAGACACAACUUUUUCAUUUCUAAAUGUCCAUUUGGGGUAUUUUUCUACACACACACACACACACACACAGAGAAAACACAGAUCCUGGUGAACAUUUUCAUUAAUCCCGACAAUUUGGCCCAGGAGGAUCCCCCAGAAAUUCAACUGCCAAAGCCAGUUGCAGUUAGUAAUAUGAACUCUAACAGCAAUGUCUCGGAAAAAGUCUGAAGAACCCAUGCCCAGAAGGAGACGGGAAGUAUGUCAUUUUGCUUUCAGGCCACCAUUUUGGGGUGAUUGCUGCUAAAUUGGAACAAAACAUACAGGUGACAUUCAAUGACAAAUAUCUUCUUGAGUUUUGACCAUUGUGUGUGGGUGACGCAAGGGGCCCAAAUUUGAUCAUGUCAAAAAAGACAAAAACUAAGUCGUCGCUAUGUGAAAAUUCAGCCCCAACUUUAGUUUCCCUCAGCAAUAUGACAUUUCAUUAGUUGCCCUAAUAAGAAAUUAAGAAACCACAGACAGAUAACAAACACACACAGGAAGUCUGCAAUGUUGGUUCGAAGUCAAGGGGGAGGAUUUCGGCCCUUUCCAUGAGUCCUUCAAAAGCAACCCCGUGAGGAUAUUUUGUCCCAUUACAGUACUGAUAAUUUCAAACACGUGGCUGACCAAUAUUUUUUUUGCUUUUGGUAUUGUGUGUCAGCAGAGGAUGUCGGCACAGUUCGAAGUGUAUCGUAAGCUGCUUUGCAAACAGGAUUACUCCAUACACACCUGCUGGUCAGUGUUACGCAACAUUCAGCACUCCAGAGUAAUGCUCUACUUCCUGCUGUGUAAUGUUUAAUUAAAAAAAAGAAGCUACUGUUCUAUGAACUAACUAGAAAUGCUCAUACAGUAACCUCCAAGCAUUGUAAAUUAUUUUUUGGUUUCUUGGGGGGGGGGGGGGGGGUUAGAGUAUUUAUCUAAAAAGUGUAUUUAAUGAGAGUUUAUGCGCUCUAUAAUAAUAUGCAUAGUGUGUCGAUGGACCAAAACUGGGAAUAAAGUCUUAUCAAUCACUGCCUUAACUGCUGACCCGGUUAAUGAACUACUUUUGCAAUAAAAUAAACUUGUUCGGGUUACAUCUAAA